AUGAAGGAUUUCCAGCUGACGCGACAGGCCUCCAACACCAGCCAGGGCUUCGUCGGCGGAUCGGCCGUCGCACGCAGGAUCUCGGGCCGCAGCAUGGCCAACAACCCGCCGGCGCCGGCCACCAUCAGCGAGGACGUCCUCGAAGAGGCCAAGGGCGGCGACGGCGACGGCGACGGCGAGGCGUACAGCGCCGGCGAGCACUUUGACCUCGGCGAGUGGCUCAUGUCGCGCCAGGCCCAGGCGAGGCGCGAUGGCGUCGACGACGACAAGCCCGUCGGCCUCCUCUGGCGCGACCUCACCAUCACGGCGCCCGGCUCGGGCGGCGGCGGCAUCCUGGUCAAGACGCUGCCCAUCGCCAUCGCCAACACGGCGUGGCGCGACCCGCUGGGCAUCCUCGCCAGCGUCGUGCCCGGGCUCGGCCGGCUGCUCGCGCCGCGCCACCAGGGCACCACGCAGCUCAUGAAGGCGCACAGCGGCGUGCUCAAGCCGGGCGAGAUGCUCCUCGUCCUGGGCCGGCCGGGCUCGGGCUGCUCGACGGCGCUGCGCGCCAUCACGUCGUCGAACCACGCCAACGUCGCGUCCGAGGGCACGCUCCUCUACGGCGGCUUCACGCCCGACGAGAUCAACCGCAAGUACCGCGGCGAGGUCGUCUUUUCCGACGAGGAGGAUUCGCACUUUCCCACGCUCACCGUCGAGCAGACGCUGGCUUUCGCGCUCAAGAACAAGGUGCCCCACCGCGCGCGCCGGAUCCGCGGCGAGAGCGGCAAGGACUACAUCGAGAUGUGCAUCGACGUCAUGCUCAAGAUGUUUGGAAUGAGCCACGUGCGCCACACCAUCGUCGGCGACGCCGCCGUCCGCGGCGUCUCGGGCGGCGAGCGCAAGCGCGUGACCAUCUCCGAGGCCCUCGUGACGCGCGCCAGCGUCGUGGCGUGGGACAAUUCGACGCGCGGCCUCGACGCCUCGACGGCGCUCGACUAUGCGCGCUCGCUGCGCGUCAUCACCGACGUCGCCCAGCGCUCGACGCUGGCCACGCUGUACCAGGUCUCGGAGAGCAUCUACGACCUUUUUGACCGCGUCAGCGUCAUCGACGAGGGGCGCUGCAUCUACUACGGCCCACGCGACGCCGCCAGGCGCUACUUUUACGACCUCGGCUACGACUGCCCCGAGCGCCAGACGACGGCCGACUUUGUCACGGCCCUCACCGACCCCAACCAGGUCCAGUACCGCGACGGCUUCCGCGGCCGCGCGCCCAAGACGGCCGAGGAGCGGGAGCGCGCCUGGAAGCAGAGCGACCUCUACCGCCAGCUCGUCGCCGAGAUGGACGAGUACCAGGGCACGCUCGCCAAGGCCGAGCAGGCCGACCGCCUCCGCCAGACGGUGCGCUCCGAAAAGCGCCGCGGCGUCCAAAAGGGCAGCUCCUACACCGUCAACUACUGGACCCAGGUCAAGAGCUGCAUCUGGCGCCAGCUCCUCGUCAAGUGGGGCGCCCGCGAGGACCUCUACGUCAAGCUCUUCACCAUCAUCGGCGUCUCGCUCAUGAUCUCGUCGCUCUUCUACCGCCAGUCGUACGACAGCCAGGGCGUAUUCACCCGCGGCGGCAUCCUCCUCUUUUGCGCCCUCUUCAACGGCUGGCUGCAGCUGUCGGAGUCGUUUGAGGCCGUCGCGGGCAGGCCCAUGCUCGCGCGCCACCGCCAGUUUGCCUUUUACCGCCCCUCGGCCGUCGUCGUCGCCCGCGCCCUCGUCGACAUCCCGUUCCUCGUGGUCCAGUGCCUCCUCUCGUCGGUCAUCAUCUACUUUCUCGCCAACCUCCGCCGCGACGCCGGCGCCUUUUUCAUCUUCUACGCCUUUACCUUCCUCUCGGCCUACAGCCUGACGGCGCUCUACCGCAUGUGCGCCGCCUUUUCGCCCGGCUUCAACGAGGCCAUCCGCUUCUCGGUCCUCAGCCUCAACCUCCUCAUCAUCUGGGUCGGAUACGUGCUGCGCCGCCCGCAGAUGAACUGGCUCAUCUGGCUCAACUACGCCCAGCCCAUCAGCUACGCCUUCGAGGGCUUCCUCGCAAACGAGCUCAACUACGACAUCCAGUGCAACCCGUCGCAGAUUGUGCCGUUUGGACAGGCGCGCGACCCGGCAGCCCAGACCUGCUCCCUCACCGGCGGCCGCCCCGGCUCCCUCGUCGUCCCCAGCGCCGACUACCUCUCGACGACGUUUGGCUACUCGCGCGCCAACAUCGGCCGAAACGCCGCCGUCGUCAUCGCAUUCUCGAUCCUCUACCUCGUCCCCACCAUCAUCGGCGCAGAGAUCAUGAACUUUGGCGGCGCAGGCGGAGGCGUCACCGUCUUUGCCCGCAACCGCCGCGCCAAGGCCAAGCUCCGCUCGGCCGCCCGGCCCGCGCGUCCCGACGACGUCGAGGAAAAGGCCGUGCCCGCCGGUCCUGGCGCCGACUCGACCUGCACCAGCGGCAGCGUCACUCGCGCCAACUCGCCCGAGAGCAAGCGGGUGGCCGCCGCCCCCGCGCCCGACGAGCAGGCCGCCGUGCUGGACCAGGCCGAGCUCGACGAGCGCGCCGUAUUCACCUGGAAGGACCUCAGCCUGCAGCUGCCCAGCGGACGCAAGCUGCUCGACGGCAUCGACGGCUACGUCAAGCCGGGCACCAUCACCGCCCUCAUGGGUGCGUCGGGUGCGGGCAAGACGACGCUCCUCACGGCCCUCUCGCAGCGCGGCGUCGCCGGCACGCUGACGGGCGACGUGCUGGUCGACGGCAAGCCGCUCGGCCCGGGCUUCCAGCGCGGCACGGGCUUUGUCCUCCAGGCCGACGUCCACCUCGCCUCGCAGACGGUCCGCGAGGCCAUCGAAUUCUCGGCCCUCCUCCGCCAGCCCGCCGAGGUGCCGCGCGAGCAAAAGCUCGCCGACGCGCAGCGCGCCAUUGAGCUGCUCGAGCUCGACGACCUCCAGGACGCCCUGAUCGGCGUGCCCGGCUUCGGCCUCGGCGUCGAGCGCCGCAAGCGCGUCACGAUCGCCGUCGAGCUCGCCGCCAAGCCCGACCUGCUCAUCUUCCUCGACGAGCCCACCUCGGGCCUCGACUCGGCCGGCGCCGCCUCCAUCAUCCGCCUCAUCCGCCGCCUCGCAAACGAGGGCAGCGCCAUCCUCUGCACCAUCCACCAGCCCUCGUCGCUCCUCUUUGAGUCGUUUGACAACCUCCUCCUCCUCCAGCCCGGCGGCCGCACCGCCUACUUUGGCCAGAUCGGCAGCGAACCGGGCGUCGGCUCCGCACGCGUGCGCGAGUACUUUGAGCGAAACGGCGCAGAACCCUGCCCGCCCUCGUCCAACGUCGCAGAGUACAUGCUCGAGGUCGUCGCCAACAAGCAGACGCGCCCCUGGAGCGAGCGCUGGAACGCCUCGCCCGAACGCCGCCGCCUCCGCCAGGAAGUCGACCAGAUCAACGCCACCCGCGCCGCCAGGCCCGCCGUCCACGACAGCCGCGCUGACCGCGAGUUCUCGGCCUCGCUCAAAACCCAGAUCGCAGAGACCGUCAAGCGCCAGUUCAGGGACCUCUGGCGCGACGCUCCCUUCGCCUACGGCGUCCUCUUCUCCAACAUCGUCACCGGCUUCGCCGCAGGAGGCGGAUUCGCACACGUCGGCACCUCGGUCACGGACAUGCAGUACCGAGUGUUCUUGACGCUACUUUACAUGUUGAACGCCCCCGCCGCCAUCAACAGCGUCAUCUCCAAGUUUUGGGAAAUAAGGAUCACCUACCAAGUCCGCGAAGGGCCGAGCAAGACCUACUCGUGGAUCGCGUUUAUGACGGCUUUCAUCGCUGUCUCGAUCCCGAUCGCCUUCGUGGCGUCGGUCCUCUUCUUCCUGCCGGCGUUCUACAUCCCGUUCUACACGCGCUCGUCCGAAGUAGCGGGCUACUUCUGGCUCAUGCUUUGGGCCCUGGCCACUUACAUCGGCUUCUUCGCUCUGGCUCUCGCGGCGGCCUGUCCAACACCGGUAACAGCAGCGAAUUGCCUUCCCCUAAUCCUGCCUAUACUCUUCAUCGUCAACGGCGUCAUCGUCCCGAAAGCGGCGCUACCUCAACCGUGGCGCUCGAUUAUAUGGACCAACCCUCUCUACUAUUAUAUCAAGGGCCAGGUGGGCACGUCUCUCCACAACAUCCCGAUCCAGUGCCGCCGGGCGGACCUGGCCAUCUUCAAUCCUCCCGCAGGUCAAACCUGCGGCGUCUACGCAGGCUCGUGGGUCGAGAGCGUGGGCGCUCAACUCCUCAACCCGGAGGCGUCGUCAGCUUGCGAGUUUUGCCAGUACUCGGUGUCGGAUCAGUUCGCGGCAAGCCUCGGCGCAGACUGGAACUUCCGCUGGCAGAGCUACGGCAUCCUGCUGGCGUUCGUGCUGUUCCAACUUGCCGCCAGCUACGCGGCGUGGUGGUACUUCACCGAAAAGGGAUACGGACUCGGCGGCGGACUCGUGUCGCGCGCCGUCGGUAAGAUCAGGGGUCUUGCGUCGCGGCGGACCAAGGAGGACCCCGUCGAGCAGGACGAGAAGUAG